GAGGCAUGUUACUUGCUAGUACUUAGAAAAUCUUAGUUGGGUGUCUCACAAGUACGCUGCACAAGGUAAUGUUUGAUAACACUGAUUUGUGCCAUGAUUUUCGAAAAUUACUGAGAUAUCUACUCGUACAUAUGGACAUUAUUUCGUCGGGCAUAGCGAUCUUCACAAAACUAUUUACGAACCACCGUACAAUUCCGAUGAAGUAGAUGACAUCUACUUGAUUUUUCUUUAUUCAGUUCUACUUGUCGUCUAUUGUAUGUCAUUGCUUUCGUUUUACAUUGCAUUAGAAGGCUAUUUUAGUCGAAGUGAGCUGGCCGUACGCGUAACUAGGCCAAGAUUGGACGAAUUGACAGGAAUCUGCUAACACAAUCCACUUAUUCCAUGCUCUAUAGCGGCUUUUCCAUUAUUUUUAACUGUAUUGAGGAGCUAAAAAUCGGCCAAGCUAUUGCAAAACAAACGUUUCGAAUUAUACGGCCACAAAUGUGUAGGCAUCAUAUCGGACAGCUGGUACUUCAGGCUGAACAAACACUUCUAUCUCAACUUUGAACCAAAACAUUGACAUGUGCUUAGGUUCAACAAACAGCGCAUUUCGGAAGGGUCACAUGUAGCCUGUUGUGCAAUGCUGCCAUGCGGAACCCGAGCUCUGCGCGGGUUUUGCUCGUCACGAGUCGUCUGCUACGGGGCAAACAGCUAUGACGACGCUCAGCACCGUUCUUGUGUUCGUUUAACAACAACUGCGUUUGCCCUGUACUAAAUUCGACCGGUAGUGUAUUCAACUGACCAAACCUAAAACUCAUCGCUCAUUUUGGUUUGCAGUUUGGCCUGAUGAAUGAUGUUUAAUCACCUACAGAAAAAAAUAUUGUGGAGCUGAUUAUAAGGUGACAAAUUAAGAUGUGAUGUUUGAAUUUGAAAUUGUAUUGCCACGAUAGCAUGAUGGCAAAUAUCGCAAAUGGGAGAAAUGUUAUUUUUGCAAUAAAAUCUAUGUUGUAAUAUAAAUUUAUACUGUAGUUAUGGCCUGUCAAUACUUUCUCGUCAGUUAUGACGUGUAAAAAAUGCGCAAAAACAUUUACGGACCCGUAGCUUGUAACCGAGUGCCAACUGUGAGUAUGUAUUUAGUUGUGCACAAAAGAAAAUAUGUUAUUGCCGUUAUGACGUGGACUUCAAUGAUAGCCCGUUCUUAUCGAAAUCUUCCUGAAAAAUAUCCCUAUUUCACCAUAAUUGGGGCUGUAACUCUGUUAUUCAUUGAGGUGGAGCGGACGUGAAAAUACGACAUGAAUUCUAAUUCACGUCUUGUAUCGUGUCUAGAUCAUUUUUGCUUGAGCUGCAUCCGCCUCGAUAUAGACCUGUUCUGAAACGUAUCUGAUGACGUCUUGUGGAGUAUAUAUUAAGUGCAGUUGUGAUGAAAGUCUAAUAUGAGACGGGUGUAACAUAGAACAAUGUUACUAUCGUUUUUGCGAUUCGCAGAAUGGCUAUGCGCUCUGACUUUUGUCCGUAGCCGACUUCGUGCCCUCCUCUAUGUUACCCUGAUCGUUUGCGCAUUUGCAAUCCAAAUUGCGUUAAUUAUUCAACUGUUGAACGAUCCGCCAGCUUCACAAUCUCAAGAACCGAUAAAGACAAAAUGGUCCGACUUCAGUGUUUCCCCGACGUGGCGAGCCAUUCGCGAUGUCAUAGACACUGGACGAUUAGUUCGUCUGCCAGUUUUCGCUCUCCAGGCAGAAUCAUCCUCUACACGAUUGGAUAGUGCUGCUGCUAGCGCCGAGCUAAAUAAACUGGGUUGUAUGCAUUUUUGCACUGGUACCCGAUUUCAGUUUGGCACAAUUGCAACAUUUUCCAACCGAAGAGAGCCUCAGUUUAUCGAGCAAUUGACAGCCAAAGGAUUCGAGGUAGAUACAGUUCGGGUUCCAAACCCGAACAUGGUCGAACUGAUUGUUGAGUUGACGACACAUUUUGUUAUUCGUUGUACCAAUCCAGUAAGUCCUAAUAAGGCCAACAAUGCUCGGACCUCGGCGAGCCGUCGAGAAACGUCGUCCUCAUCAACACGUGUGCCAUCGUCACAUUCGGAAAUUGUGAUACAUAUUGUAGUAUUUCAUGAUCGCCCAGACCACUUUUGGUGGCAUGCGCCUGUGCCUGCAAGCCAUCCUCUACGACGACUGUUGGAAGGCCUUCCGUUUGUAAGCGUCGCCGGCGCUCACUCGAAAAUCGAGAUCGCCGAAGGCAUCCGCGACGGCAUACAGCUUCUCCUGCCUGCGCAGAGCUUUCAGGCGUCGGUAGAAUUCAUCGACUGCAACCGUACCCGUGCGGAAGAGUUCUUCGAGAAGAACGGCGGCCGUGACUCAUCGCCAAAUAGCGAACUGUUUCGUAUACGGGUCCGCAAGCUUCUGCUGAAAGUGAAGAUGUUGCUGGCCAAGCAUUCGAUUCCGUUUUGGUUGUCCUCAGGAACAUGUCUAGGGUGGUUUCGCCAAUGCGACGUGAUACCAUACACGACAGAUGUUGACAUCGGCGUCUUCAUUGAAGACUUUCGACCAGCAAUGAUCGACGAGUUCUCAACGCACGAUCUCGCCCUGACUCAUGUCUUCGGCCAUCCGGGUGAUAGUUACGAGUUGUCGUUUCUUGACGUCGCCGAACAGCUUAAACUUGAUGUAUUUUUCUUCUAUCGAGAGAGCAACUACACUUGGAACGGUGGCACCCAGGCGAGGACCGGCCAUAAAUACAAGUACGUAUUUUCACCAUUCUCUAUGUGUUUGACUGAGUUCCUUGACCUACUCGUCCAGGUGCCGUGUCCUACGUUGCCGUAUAUCCUCGCCAAUUACGGAGGAGACUGGCGCCGACCGGUCCGUCACUGGGACUGGAAACGUUCACCGCCGAAUGUACGCGAAAACGGUGUUUGGCCAAUGGAGCAGUGGAGUCGACUUAUACAACUGUUUCCGCUGCCCCCUUACUAAAGAGAUUGCGAAACUCCGACUACAUUAGAUUGCUAAUUACUACAAGUGUUGUUUGUUUCUAGGGAAUGUUAAAAAUUAUGUAAUGUAAAUAUAUGUGAGAAGCUGUUUUGUGCAAUCGCUUGCGCAAAACCUUACUGUAAGAUAUUAUACUAGAUAAAUUUAGGAGUGUAGAUGCGUUGAAGUUUGUCGAUACGACUGACUGCAUUAAUUUUUUAUUUGAGAGCUUUAUUAAAUAGAACUAUAGCGGUCUGCGUAAUAAAAUAAAUAUCAACUCGUAGAGUUUGUUGAAAAGACAUAACUUUCAAAGAUUUUUGCAGGAUUUAUUAAUUCGAGACGACGGAUAUUACCGUUAUAUAUUGUAUAGAUAAGCCUGACUCGUGAAAGACAUGUUCGUAACCCGAAGUAUAAAAAUACUAGUGUUUACUAACAAACUAAUGCAACAUUGUAUUCUAUUAUGAUUACUACUCGAAUGGUGGACACGUGUAGUUUAUGGAUAGUUUCAGCCAAUUGAUUUAUUGGUACAGUGGAAGAAUAGGAAGCGGUAUUAAUAGGAUUCUUUUCAAGUCGAUAGCUUAAAAAUUUUUUUCACAGGAUGCUAUAAAAGGCAGACAAUAGACGCGUGAAUACGUCUUCAAGGUUGGUUAAACUGUGUCUCAUUGUGUGUAUGUAUUUUACAUAUAUAUUUUACAUAUACAUGUUUUACGAUGUGGAGGGAAUAAAAUCUCCGAAUACCAUAAACGUUUAUUGCUCGAGGAGUGCGUAAAUCCAAGUAUAAAGAAGAAUGAUCAAAUGAGCUUCUGUAUAUGUAUGAAAGAUGUAGUAUAUAUCCAUAUGCUUAUAUGAGCAAACUGUAUAUACACAAAGAUACAUGCGUAGUUUAAGUUACCAUAUAUAGUAUAGAAUGAUAUACACUAUAUUUUAGUGGUCUUUUCUGUGUCUUCUUUAACUGUACAUAGAUAGCUUAUAUAUAUAUAUAUAUAUAUAUAUAUAUUAGGUAUCGAUAUACCAGCACUUUAAAGGAGAGGCUUGAAGGGAUUUAGAAAGCGUUCGUUCAUUUCACAAAAUAGAUUAUUUUUGUUAAUUUUUUUUUAGAACAGUCCAAAGUUGAGUCAGCUAAUAGUGAGUUUGAUUGCUCUAGACACAACAAUACCUUUUACUGCUAAUAAACUAUAGCAAAUUUAAA